AUGAGGUUGAACCUCAACAAAUGUGUUUUCGGCGCGGGCUCUGGAAAAUUCUUGGGCUUCAUGAUUAGCCAACGAGGCAUUGAAGCUAACCCCGAGAAGAUCAAAGCAAUCAUGGACAUGAAAGAACCAGCAACCUCAAAAGAUAUCCAGAGCCUUAUUGGCAAGGUAGCAGCCUUGACCAGGUUCAUUUCUAAGGCCACAGAUAAAUGCAGUCCUUUUUUCAAAGCACUUAUGGGAAGCAAGAGGUACAUUACGUGGACUGAUGAAUAUACCGAAACAUUUAAGAACCUCAAGGAGUACAUGAGUAAAGCCUAUAUGCUUUCCAAACCUGAAGUUGGCGACACCCUAAUUGUCUAUCUUAUUGAACGACCUGUCUACUACGCUAGUAAGGCUCUACAAGAUGCAGAGACACGAUACUUCAACACUGAGAAAUUAGCUUUAGCAUUAGUCAUGUUUGCUUGGAAACUUCGCCCCUACUUCCAAGCAUACUCCAUCAUCGUGCUUACUAGUCAUCCCUUUCGACAAAUACUUCAGAGUCUUGACACUUCAGGGCGAAUGAUCAAAUGGGCAAUAACACUGGAAGAGUUUGACAUCUCCUACCACCCAAAGCCAGCUGAGAAGGGCCAAGCAGUUGUAGAUUUCAUCGUCGAAUUCACUUAUCCUGUUGACAUUUCUCCUACACCUAAGGCAGUGGCUUCAUCACCCUCAGAAGCCUGGAAGGUAGAACCAACACUCCCAGUAUGGACUCUAUAUAUUGAUGGCUCAUCCAACCAACAGGGUUGUGGAGCAGGACUAGUCCUGACUACCCCCGACAAAGUGGCAAUGGAGUAUGCUUUUCGCUUCAAAUUCAAGGUGUCAAACAAUGAGGCCAAGUAUGAGGCCUUUUUAGCAGGCUUACGUUUGGCCAAACACCUUGGAAUUAAACAAAUUAAUAUCUUCAGUGACUCUCAAAUGGUGGUUAACCAGGUCACGAACAACUUUGACGCCAAGGAUAACUCCAUGGCAGCGUAUCUUGCGCAAACGCAGCUUUUGCUCAAGCACUUCCACUACCAGAUCACUCUAGUCCCUCGAGCAGCAAACAGUUAUGCAGACGCUUUGGCUCGCCUCGCCUCAGCAGUGGAAGACAGGAUUGGGAGAAAAAUUCAUGUCGAAUUGUUGGCAGCACCAAGCACCAUAGUCGUAGAAGUGUGCAACUUGCAACAAGGUGAUAGCUGGAUCACCCCGAUUUAUAAAUUCCUUGCUCAUGGCACCCUCCCAAAUGAUAAAGUCCAAGCUACGCAGAUUCGAUACAAGUCUACCCGCUACCUAAUCAUUAAUGACCAACUCUACAAGCAAGGUUUUAACCUACCAUACUUACGAUGCCUCACAUCUGCGGAAGCGGAAAUUAUCCUUCGAAAAAUACAUGAAGGAGUCUGCGGAGAUUAUGCUGGAUCUCGAUCCCUAGCACACAAGGCUUUUCGUCAAGGAUAUUACUGGCCAACACUCCACCACAAUGCCAUCAGAAUAUCUCGCUCAUAUGAUAAGUGUCAAACAUACGCAACUAUUCAUCACUCCCCUCCCGAGCCUCUUACUCCUAUGAUCAGCCCUUGGCCUUUCGCCCAAUAG